UUGUGUGUGAGCGAACUUCUUCCUAUAAGUUUACAGGACGAGGACGAAUCCAAGCAUUCCCAUUCCCGUGUGACCGCCGUGCUAGGUUUUCUUGCGCAGUCGCAGAUUUCCUCGAUCGAUCCGGCAUGGACCUCAAUGAGGCGGAGCUGCAUUUGCUGGAGCGGCCACUCUAUCUCACCCCGACCUGGGCCGUAUCGGUGGUUUGCACUGGAUUCGUCAUCGUCUCGCUCGGCGCGGAGCGAUCCAUCCAUUGUCUUGGCAAUUGGCUCAAGAGGACUAAACGAAAGCCUUUGCUUCAUGCCCUCGAAAAAAUAAGAGAUGAACUUAUGGUCCUGGGAUUUAUUUCUCUCGUUCUCACUGUCACACAGAACUACAUAUCGCAGUUCUGUGUGGAUUCCAGUUUCUACGACAGAAUGCCUACACCAUGCAAGCGAGAGUCGAGCAGCCACGAGAUGGAAGGCAGCAUUCACGCGGCGAUGCUCGGGAACCUCAAUCCCAGGCGACAACUGAAUUCUCGUUUCGGGAUCACUUGUGUGCACAAGGGGAAAGAACCAUUUGUGUCGUUUGAAAGCCUCGAGCAGCUUCACCGUUUUAUUUUUGUUUUGGGAGUGACUCAUGUAGUGUACAGCUGCUUAACUAUGCUGCUCGCUCUGAUGAAGAUAUAUAGCUGGAGUUCCUGGGAAAACGAAGCUCACGCCGAAAGCCAUGACAGUCUUAGUGGUAGAGUAUGUCCUGCUUUUCUUGACUAGUAACAGCGUUCUUCUUUUGUUUCAGAAAUAACGAAGACACUGACUCUCAGACGGCAAUCCACAUUUGUGCUUUAUCAUACUUCCAGCAGAUGGAGCAGAAACAAGCUGCUAGUGUGGAUCGUUUGUUUUCUUCGACAAUUUGGACAGUCGGUGACACGAGCCGACUAUUUGACUUUGCGCUUAGGCUUCAUAACUAAUCAUCACACGGGAACAUCGUAUGAUUUUCAUAGCUACAUGAUACGAACUGUAGAAGACGAAUUCAAAGAGAUUGUGGGCAUAAGCUUCCCCUUGUGGAUAUUUGUGAUUGUUUUUAUGCUAAUCAACGUACAUGGUGUAAACUUGUACUUCUGGUUUGCGUUUCUGCCAGUGAUUCUGGUAAUUCUUGUUGGAGCAAAGCUCCAGCACAUCAUUGCAACGCUUGCUCUGGAAAAUGCUGGUAUUCGCGGUCGUUACAUUGGCCAGGCAUUGAAGCCUCGGGACAAUCUAUUUUGGUUCAGUAAGCCGGAACUUCUACUCUUCCUUAUCCACUUCGUACUUUUCCAGAAUGCAUUUGAGCUUGCAACGUUUCUUUGGACUCUGUGGCAAUUUGGAUACGAGUCUUGUCUCAUGGCUGAUCAAGCGUAUAAGAAAUACAUCUACGUAUAUGCUCGCUUGAUUUCGGGGGUCUUUGCACAGUUCCUAUGUAGCUACAGCACCUUGCCCCUCUAUGCUCUCGUCACUCAGAUGGGUACAAACUACAAAAAGACAAUAUUCCAGGAAAGUAUUGUGCACUCGCUAAACGUCUGGCGCAAGUCCGCUCAACAAAAAGCCAGACAAGCAGCAGCAGCGGAAGACUCUCACAGCAGUGAUCACGACCACGACCAUGAUGAAACCGUCACGGGCAGGCACAAGGUCUUGAAAAGAAGUGGCUACUCGUCUAUUGGGAGGGAGGAGGAUGCAUUUGUGGAGGAACAUCCGUGUUGACAACACAUGUGUUUACGAAAAGGUAAUGGCUGGUGUUAUAGACUUUGAACGGAUCGUGCGUUGCGACUCCGGAGUCACGCCGCUAACUUUGUUUGUGUAACGUUCAACAGGCUGACUUUGAAAAGCUGUAACUCGUUCCAAGUAAGAAUGUGAGCUUUUCUCGCUCGGAAGCUAAUCAAACAGAUGGUUUCCGGUUCA